AGAAUCUAGUUGAAGUUAGGUUCUCCUGCUUCACCGAAGAGAGUACUUAUCCGACAAAGUUCCUAGUUAAGAUAAACAUUUGCAGUAUCCUUGAUCAUGUCAAGCCCUUAACAGAACAUGCCCAAGAAGCUCUCUUGUUCAAAGAUAAUGGAAUGUCAAAGCAUGGGUUGUUCAAGCAAAUCGUGGGUGAUCUCUCUUUCAGCGACUCGUCUCUCCUUGCUAAGCUCUUGGAUUCUUGAGUCCAAUCAAAGUCUCUCCUUGACGUCCGUCGCGUUCAUGCGAGGAUCACUAAGACUUCUUUUGCCUCAGAGAUAUUUAUCAAAAACAGGCUCGUUGAUUCCUAUGGAAACUGUGGCUCGUUGGAGGAUGUCCGCAGGGUGUUCGAUAGAAUGUCUGAAAGAAACAUUUUCUCUUGGAACUCCAUCUUAAACUGAGAAUGAGGGACCGAUGUUUGCAGCAGCAAGCGACACAUUGUGGGAAGAUGGUGCAGCCUGUGGAAAGAAGUACAAGGUCAAGUGCAUGAGUGGUGUUAGAGCAAAGGUAUCCCGAACCGUUGUAGAGAGAAAAAGGAGGUUGUGGUGACCGUCAUUGAUUACUGCCCCUCCUUCAAGUUGCCAUGGAACCAUUGACUUAUCUCAAGGAGCCUUCAGCUCCAUUGCAGACUCUAGAGCUGGAAAGAUUAACGUAGAUUUCCAUCAAAUGUGAGCAUAUUUAUCAUAUAUGCAUAUACGCAAUUUUCUUUCUAUAUUUCUUAGGUUUAUAUCAAGGAUUAAGGAUCCACUGCUGUUCUUUGAUUCGGCAUAUAUGUUUUAUUGUAUUUUAGAAUUUCAAUUAGAGUCCACUUACUUUAAUUGUUGUAAUGGUCUUAAUAUAUACAUUUAAUAUAUUUGAUUUUGAGUU